GAUGCCUAUGAGACAUCUAAGAGAAGCCAAGCCUGGAGCCCACAGAGGUCAGGGUGGGAGAAAUGAAUUGUGGUCUUCAGGAAACACAGCAGCGAGAGCUAUGUGACAGGAUGAAAUCAAGGAAGGGGAGAAGGAAAAAUGGCCCAUUGAGAGGUUAACAGAGGAGGCAGCAGCCAAGGAGACUAAGGCAGCCACGGUGAGCUGGGAGGAAGACCAGAAGGCGGAAACAGAGACCUUCCAAGAGAAGAGUCACCAACCGCGUGCAAUGCUGCCGGAGGCCCAGGAGAGAGGCCAGGAGAUACCGACUGGACUUGGUGACAAGGAGGUGAUGAGCAAUUCAGGCAAGAGCAGCAUCAGUGACACGGCGGGGAGACACAGCAGUCUAGAGGGGGUGGGGAGUGAACCAUUUAGCUUUCACAAAAUUCCAUCCCAUUAAUUUCAAUGUGUCCUGUGAUCUUACACUUGGUAUGAUGAGCUGCAAAAUAGCCUUGGAUAUACACCGAGUUUUGUAUUCACACCUACUGGACUUCAAUGAAUCUAAGACUGCAUUGUGUGUCCCACUAACAUGCCCAAAUGGCGGAGGUGACAAGACCUCUCCUGGCCCCAGUGACGACGGCAGUGUCUCAUGAGGUGGAGAUCGAGGACUUCCAAUAUGACGAGGACUCGGAGACGUACUUCUAUCCCUGCCCAUGUGGGGAUAACCUCUGCAUCACCAAGGAAGAUAUGGAGAAUGGGGAAGAUGUGGCGACGCGCCCUGGCUGCUCUCUCAUUAUAAAAGUGAUUUAUGACAAAGAUCAGUUUACAUGUGGAGGGACAGUCCCAGCCCCUUCCCCCAACAGAGAACUAGUUAAAUGCUGGACUUGGGACCACAGAGCCUAAACUUUGGAGAAUGAGCCAAGCUAGAAAAAUCAGAUGCAAAGUUACUGGCUUCUUCACGGGGACAAUCAUUUUGCAGUUUGCUGUU